CCACUGGAUUGCUGAAGUAUAAUAGUACCCAGAUCUGCUUCUAAAAACAUGAGUAAUACAGUAUGUGAUAUGUUUGUGUGCGUGGUCAAAUGAUCAGCAAUCGACUUCGCUGAAUGUAUCCAGACAUGGCUCUGGACGGUGAUUCUUUUUUCUUCACAUCUGUUCUUCAAUUGGCGAGAGCUCUUGCCAAAAGUCGUCCCACAUCAUGGUUGAAAGUGAAACGAAUGAUGGACUGGUGUCCCGCCUUAGAACCUCUUGGUUCUGGAGCAGGCGGAAACGUUCUCAUGACACAGCGUGGUCAAGAUGCUGUGAUCGGUCUGGGAGUUUACUUCUUGGAAUCUGGAUUUCAGCAUAGAGACAGAAUACUACCGUAUCUUAUCCACCUUCUUCAACUUUUGCCCAAAGCAUCUUGGCCGCAAGAAAUCCGGUACUAUCCUUCUGACAGAAUCCCGGUUGCCGAAAGAUUCAGCUUCUGUAUGAACACGCUGCUUAGUGACAUCGCUGCGCACUGCAAUGAUGAAGAAAUUGCCGGAUCCAUUUUCGGCGCUCAAGUGGAGUUGUUGAAUUCCUUGUACCUUGCCAUAAAAACCACCAAAGAAACACCCGAGAGGCCGAAAGGAUUCACUCAUAAAUUGUCACUCUGCAAAGGAACUGUGCCGAUUCUUCUGGGGCUAUGUCGUGCAAUGGGACGCUGUUUCCGGGGAGAUCCGCCGUUAUUCUGUCGACUUUUUCCUGCCCCAACGUCUUGUUCUUCAGCGUGUGUUGCGUCGGCGGGGUCGAGCGCUUCUUCGAGUGUAGCAAUUGGACGAGAAGAUCGACGGGACAGCGGUCGUCCUGUGGCACCUAGUGGAUUUUCGCGGUUUCGGCCGAUUGUUCCCCGCUCUCUAAGCCAGAAUUUUCCACCUUCGGAGGACAUUACUUCAUCAUUAACAGCGUGCGAUUCUGGUGCGGAUGUGAGAAUGUUGGGCCUAAUUUAUGGCAAAGAAAUGGAGCAUCCUGCAUCGUUUGAUGCAAAAACCUUCUUCUUUCAUCGGUAUGGGUCGAGUUUCAUGUUACCUCAACCGGCUCUCGGAGUGAUCGAAAAAGUGGACUUUUCAUCACCUACUGUUCCUUUGCGGCAUCUUCAGGCAAUAUUAUCCAUUGCCAAGCCGUUGUUGCAACCGGACAUGCUUCAAUUUCUCGACGAUCAAGCCACGGACGUGUUCGUGUCGGAGCAAGUGAAGAUAUAUCCGUACAAGACUUUUACGGAAAUUCUGAACCUUGUUAUCGUUUCUCUUCUUCGUGAAUUACUGCAGCGACAAAAAGAUUUACCUCAGGCGUUCACGGUGGAUGUGCAAAAGUUCGUCAAGGGAUUAUUUUUGACCGGUCAAACCGAGCUGCAGGGAAAGAAUGCACAAGCGACGAAUCACGAAAAUGAUGCCAGCGAUGCUGAUUUGGACACUCAUUCAAGCGGCAUCAGCAAUGCGUUCAAAGCCGAUAGAAGUCGAAGCGCUCUUAGUUCACCUCCUCAGGCCCUACACAGAUUUCGCGUCAGUGUGCAAGCCAAUGCUGCCUGUGUGGAUCUCUUGGUGUGGGCGAUUCGGGACGAAAACGGUGCGGACAGUUUAUGCAGUCGCUUGACGGAAAAAUUGAACCUCAGUCUCGGACACAAACUCGUUCUUGCUCACAUGCCGCUGUUAAUGGGUUUGGGGAAAUUGGCGAUGAAAUUCCCAGGCAUUGCGUCAACGAGUAUAAAUUGCCUGACGAACUUCCUCGUUCUACCGUCGCCAGUGCUGUUACGCUUGCAAAGGCAAAGUAAGAACAAUAUCACCAACUCUGGUUUUCCCUUGCCUCGAGCCAAAGCAGCUUUUCGAGCUGUUACACUCGGUGAACAAUUUGGCUCUCUGGAAAGAAACAUGGGAUUAGAAACUUAUGGAUCUGCAAGCACUGCGUUUGAGCGACUUAGAGAUGCAGCGAUUGAGAAUUUAUGUUUGGCGCUGAAAGCAGGACUGAGAGUGAAUCCGGAUCAAGUGCAAGCGUUUGUAGCGUCUGUAGCGAAUCGGCUUUUCACCGCGGAAACUUCAGACAGGCACGAUAUUAGAAUAUUCUUUUUCAAUAAAAAAAUUGAAGAUUCCUACGAUAAACUUGGUGUAAUGAAAACUUUAACUCUUACGGUGACGUUCAAAUAUUCGAAUUAUACUCUUAUUCAAGAUAAUGGAACCUCGUGUAUUCUAUAUCUUUCUCCGGAAUUUUUCAGUGAAUCAAGCCUGAUUUCAAGAAACACAGUUUUGGCGCUCGGACAUGUGGCUGUUGCACUGAAAUCCACUCCGAGAACAACAGAGUCAAUUCUUCAAUUUUUCAGACAGCGAUUCUGUCAUCCUCCGUCUGCUCUUGACGUACUCAUAGUUGACCAACUUGGUUGCUUAAUUAUUGCCAAAACGGAGGGUAAAGUUUAUGAAGAAGUUAUGCAGAUGUUCAUGCAAAUUGCUGUGGAUUCAUGCUCGGGUGCUUACGGUGGUGAAGAUAGGAAACUUCAGUAUCGGUGUUCUGCUGUGUUUCGCAUUCUAUUUAAUGUUCAAAAUUUUCAAAACCUUCAUUACUUCAUGAACCGGAAAUUCCUGAUUUUGGUGAACUUUUCUUAUUGUGAUAUAUUUUUCAGGCACGUUUCAUUGGCGGUGAAUAAUGCGCUGGCAAAUAUAUCUGCAAGUCUUCAAGGAGAAUUUGAGAUGAUGGACCUUUUGGUUCGCUUGAUGGAGUUGUUCGUGCAGCUUGGCUUAGAAGCGAAGCGAAUGUCUGAGAAAACGAAUACACCCUUGAAAGCCUCUAGUAGUGCGGGAAAUCUUGGCGUAUUACUUCCGGUUAUUGCUAUUUUGGUAAGGAGAUUGUCUCCGAUCCGGAAUCCCAAAGCAAGACUACACAAACUGUUCCGAGAUUUUUGGCUAUACUGUAUCAUUAUGGGCUUCACGAACGAGAGUCAGUGGCCUGCGGAAUGGUAUCAAGCUGUGAAGGAUAUUGGUGUCAAGUCACCGUUUCUGACUUCCUUAUCUAGUCAACGUUCAGAGAUCCGAGAGCUUCAGUAUACAUUUGUGUUGCGACAGGAAAGCAUUUCACCGGCCGAGCUGCAGGACUUGCGAAACCAGUUGCUGUCAUUGUUAAACAGUCCCGCCGAAGUUGUUCAGAUUUCAAAUCGUUUGACUUUCGCUCAGUGCACCUAUUUAUUAUCAAUCUUGCGUCUCGAAACAAUCAGAGUGGAAAGUUCUGAAGAUACGAGCUUCCAUCCCAUGCUGGAGUAUUUGAACGAUAUUGCGAUUCAGAAGGAUAAGACGGGGUUGUGGCAGUGCGUUUAUUGUGUAAGCGAAACGGUGUUCGGCACGUUCCUGGAAGUAAUGUCGAAGAAACCCAAGGACGAAAAUCGAGACCGCGAUUUGGAAGCUCACGCCCAAUUCUUGUUGGUGCACUUCAAUCAUACGAAUAAGAAUAUCCGGCGAGUUGCUGAUCGCUUCCUUGCAAAACUCGUCGAUAAAUUUCCUCAUUUGUUGUGGUCUCGUCGAGUGCUGCACACGAUGCUUGACAUCUUGCAAGUUUUAAGCCAGUCGCUGAGUUUGGAUGCUAACGAAGAAAACCCAACACUUGCUUUACCUUCCACUCCGUAUAUCUUGGUCUUGAUGGACACGUUGGAAGCUCGAGAGAGCAUUGUUAAAGAUUUUGCCGCCCGGUGCCAAGAAAUCAUAGCUGAAGCAAUGCGGUGGGCGCCUGGAGUAACCCGGUCUCAUUUGUUGGAAUAUAUUUGUCCCUCGAGAGAGGAUGCAUUAGCUUCAGUGGAACGCCGAGGUUCUGUACUCCGUGUCGUUGGGGGCAGGUCAUCGCCUGUUGAUCUGCAGCAAAAGAAUCCUCCGCUGCCUGCCCAUGCUGGUGUUGCCCUUGCAACAGAGAGCAUCAUGCAUUAUGCUGGACUGAAUUCUGCUUCUGAACCAUUAGCGGCGUCGGCUUUGGAGAAAAGGCCAGGUUGUGUGAAGAACAACACAUCUCUGUUCAUGACGAGCAUGUCAUUGCGAACUCGUUACGUUGGAGAAGUUCGUGGUAUGCUUUUGUCUAUAUCGAAGACUGGAGGCAGCGAAGAUUUUUUGAUACAUCGGCUGAUGGAAGAUCUGAAGGCAUCUGCUUCGGCAAAAGAUGACACGAAGCACCAGGAUGCCCUUUGGCGCGCUACAUCGAUGUUCAUCUCGUCCGAAAGUAUGUCAUGUUCUCUCUGUUCGUUGGUGGAAUAUUUCAACGAGAGCUCAAUGGAGUGCGCGGUUGCUUGCUGGCAGUGGGUUCUUUCCGCCCGGCCUGAUUUAGAAAUGAUUCUGAUUCAGGAAAUCGUCGCUGCGUGGAAUUGCAAUUUUCGGAUUUUAUCGCAACAGGCGACGAUUAAUCGUGGGCUAGGAAUAUUUGCACCACCUUCGAAUGAGCCGAACCCAAUGGCUGCUCGAGAAGGCGUUGAACUCAAGCCGAACCCGCCAUUCGUUGCUGCGCACCGGGUUUGGGUGAAGUUUUUAUGCGAGCGAAUAGAAAUGAUCAAGUACUACAGUCAAGAGCAAGUGGACAUUUUUGCGAUGAUGUUGCAUCGCACGUUGGCCGCAUAUGAGCCAGGAAGAUGUCACCUGGUUAAUCGACACAUCGCAUCAGUUGGUCCGAGGUUCUCGUUGCUGUACGCCGGUCUUUCGUUGUUGCAAGGCGAUGCCUUGCCGAGGUCAAUUUUGAAGAACGCACUUCGACAGCGAAUUUAUUACGCGUGCCUCGACUAUUUCGCCACUCAUCCACAAAUUCCCGUUCCUGAACAAAAGAGUCCAAGGUUACGAGAAGACAUCCUCACUUUAGUCAAGUUUUGGCAGAGCAUCCACACGGAGAGAAAGUACCUCAAGACACCUCUAGUAGCCGGCAAGUUGUUCGUUGUGUCUUAUUUAAUAUUACAGUGCGAUACUACAGAUGUUGUCGAAUGGUUGGGAAUUCCCGGAAACACUUUGACUACGAAUCAACCCUUGGGUAUCCCGUCAUCCGCCUCCAGAGCCGGAAGCAUAGCGCUUGCCCCCGGCACAAUCGGUCCUCUUUUGACCACGGGUCAAGCUCAGUUAUCGUUGCCGAGAACGGCAUCAGCCAUAGACUUUCACGGAGGAGGAGGAAAUCUUCGAACCAGUGGAUCAUCGUCGGGCUGGAUCAACACGUUGCCGCAAUCGUCGACCAAUUCUCUGUCUAGACGGUCGGUGGGCGCGAAGAACGUUGCUGCGCCUCCGGGUGCAGGACUCAAUGUGUGGGGCUCGAAGAAGCAAGUUACGGCGGAUAAUUACGUGAAGGAAUUUUCGAAAAAGCGUUUGCUCAUCCUUGCUUUGGUGGCUGCGGAGAUUGAUCGGCUGAUUACGUGGCAUAAUCCUCUUGUUCUGCCUGAGCUGUUCAUACCGGAUCAGGACAAAGUUCUGAACUGGAGGAACACCACGGUGCAGGAUAAAAUAUGGAAGGAUCUCAUCAAGGUUGCUUGGGAUGUGAACCCCGCCCUGGCUGUUCAUUUGGCAUCCCGUUUCCGAACCCAUUCGGAGUUGAUUGAGAAGGAGGUCACGCGCUUUGUGAGAAUGAGUCCGAUGGCGGUAGCGCAUAUUCCUGAUGCCCUUAGCUACCUGGUCAACUCGGACUCCAUUUUGAACGAAUCUCAAGAGUUGUGCCAGAUGCUGACGUGGUCUUCAAUACCUCCAGUCAGAGCUUUGGCGUAUUUCUCUCGUCAGUAUCCACCUCAUCCCAUUACUGCUCAGUUUGCCGUUCGGGUUCUUCUUGCUCAGCCCCCUGACGUGCUUUUAUUGUACAUACCGCAAAUCGUACAAGCCGUGCGUUACGACACCAUGGGAUACAUGACGGAGUUCAUCAAAAAGGCGGCCAGCAAGAGUCAGCUCUUGCUGCAUCAGCUCAUCUGGAAUAUGAAGACGAAUAUGUAUGUGGAUGAAGAUGGCAAGAACAAGGAUCCCGAUUUGUACGAGCUGAUCGAGGCGUUGAUGAAGACGAUGAUUGAUUCGUUGUCGGGUAAAGCGCAGGAGUUCUACAGAAGAGAGUUCGAUUUCUUCGGGCGAGUGACUGCGAUUUCCGGCGACAUUAGACCUUAUCCCAAAGGGCCGCAAAGGAAACAAGCUUGUCUGGAUGCCUUGAGCAGGAUUAAAGUUGAGCCGGGAUGCUAUUUGCCGUCUAAUCCGGAGGCUGUAGUGAUCGACAUUGAUUAUCAGUCCGGAACACCGAUGCAGAGCGCUGCAAAGGCACCGUUUCUGGCAAGGUUUAAGGUCCGGCGAUGUGGAAUUGCGGAGUUGGAGAUUGAGGGUUUACGAGGAGGCGAAGUUGAUCCUGACGAAGAUAAAGAGCUGAAGGCGAAGCAGGAAGCCUGGCAAGCUGCGAUUUUUAAGGUGGGCGACGACGUCAGGCAAGACAUGCUGGCCCUGCAGGUAAUAGGACUUUUCCGAAACGUUCUGCAACGAGUUGGACUCGACCUGUACCUAUUUCCGUACCGUGUCGUGGCUACUUCCCCCGGAUGCGGCGUGAUCGAAUGCGUUCCGAAUGCGAAAUCGCGAGAUCAACUCGGUCGACAAACAGAUAUCAACAUGUAUGACUACUUCAUCACUCAGUAUGGCGAAGAGACGAGUUACGAUUUCCAACGAGCUCGAAGAAAUUUCAUCAAAUCCAUGGCUGCCUACUCGGUUAUCGGAUUUUUGUUGCAAAUCAAGGAUCGUCACAAUGGCAACAUAAUGUUGGACACCGAUGGCCACAUUAUCCACAUAGAUUUUGGAUUCUUGUUUGAAAGCAGUCCUGGUGGUAAUUUGGGAUUUGAGCCGGAUAUUAAACUGACUGCGGAAAUGGUUCGCAUCAUGGGCGACAAGAUGGAAGCUACUCCUUUUAGGUGGUACAUGGAGUUGUGUGUUCAAGCUUAUCUGGCUUUCAGGCCGUAUCGUGAAGAUAUUGUGACGCUGGUUUCGCUUAUGCUGGACACCGGACUUCCAUGUUUUCGCGGUCAGACGAUCAAGCAGCUGAAGGAGCGAUUCAUUCCUCUGGCGUCUGAACGGAAAGCUGCUGAGUACAUGAUGGGCAUAAUUAGGAAUUCGUUUUUGAACUUUAGGGCCAAAGCAUACGACGUUAUCCAGUAUUACCAAAACCAAAUUCCCUAUUAAUGUGCUGGAUAAUUUGCCCUGGCAUGAGGGUCAUGGAUAUUUUGCUUUGGGAUUUUGUCGAACUGAUGUUACCUUAUUCGUGGCGUUCGGUGUAUUUUUUGAGGUAUCGGCGGGUUAUUUAUUGCAAAGUGAUCAUUCCAAGCCGUAUGUGAAUGCACGGAUGUGGUAGUCUCGGGAUGUAGGGGUGACUCGGCGAGUUUCAUCUGCUUAAAUACUGAGCCGCCGUGAACGAGGAGUAGUUGAUUUUAAAUCGAGUGAUUUCUAACCUACUUGUAACCCAUGCCUUGUGCCAUUUUGAGAAAGUGUCGAGGAUGUUUCUGGUAGAGUAGUUGGAAAAAUCUUGGACGCAUUCCUGGUGGAUUGACCUCGUGAUCGUUUCAUAUUGUUCAUCGGGAUUAUCUAUUGACGUACGAAACCUUGUACGGGAAAGACUCUGGUUCAUUUUUCUCAAAUGCUUUUUUAUCCGAAGUGAUGGAAAAGUAUGAAUUUGUUCUUUCUCUUUCUGCGUAGGUUGUGGAAAUCUUGGUUU